ACAAAUACUGCUCUUCUAAGUCCUCAUGAGAGAACUGCCAGGGUUGAAAUGAACUUACGGCCGACAUCGGUGGCAAUAAUUGAAAAACCUGGUGAGCUGUCAGCUGAUACGGAGUUCACGUUGGUCUGUGUAACGCAUGGCAGUCGACCCUCGGCACAGGUCACGUGGUAUAGGGAGAACCGAAGAUAUACGAGGGGAAAGCAUAGCGAGAUCACGAAUGACACGUCCACAGUCAGCCGCUUGACCAUGUCUCCUCAACCGGAAGAUGACGGUGUGAUGAUCAGAUGUCGAGCUGAUAAUCCCGUGCUAAGAGUGGCUUUGGAAGACUCUUUUAGGAUGAGUGUUGUUUAUAAGCCGGUUCUAACGAUGUCCCUGGGCAGUACACUAAAUCCUAACGACAUCAAGGAAGGCGACGACGUUUACUUCGAGUGCAACAUCAGAGCGAAUCCUAAGGAACAUCGCACCUCAUGGUACCAUAACGAACAACAAGUGACCCAAAACAUGUCGUCAGGAGUUUUCAUAAGCACUAAGUCGUUGGUGCUUCAGAGGGUGACGAGGAGGGAUGGAGGGUUGUACGCGUGUAAGGCGGCGAAUCAAAUGGGGGAGACAAGUAGCCAAGCUGUGUAUCUUCGAGUUCAAUAUGCACCAGUUUGUGCGCAACAUACCCCGCUGGUUAUUGGUGCGCGAUUAGAUGAACCGCUUCGAGUCCGCUGUACAGUGAGCGCGGAUCCCGCUGAUGUCGCAUUUUACUGGCAGUUCAAUAACAGUGGAGAGAGCUUUCAAGUGUCACCAGCUAGAUAUGUAACAACCGGUGGUACCAUCAGUGAGCUGCGAUACCGUGCCGCCAGUGAGCGCGACUAUGGGGCCUUAUUGUGUCGCGCAACCAACAGUGUCGGGAGGCAAAAGAAGCCAUGCGUGUUUCAGAUAGUCCCAGCAGCUCGUCCGUCCCCGCCAAGGAACUGCACAGCGAAGCGGACCGUGAAGAAAGACGAAACCUUCCUAACUGUGCGGUGCUUAGCUGGCUACGAUGGUGGACUCAGCCAGCAUUUUGUGCUGGAAAUUGUUGGCGACACGAGCAAAAUUCUCGUGAAUACUACUGCUGGGAAAUCAGAUUUCCACACAGUAUGGCUAAACGUGAGCUGGUCGGAACUUGAAGCCUUAUCUGAAGACGAAAUGCUGACAGUCAGCGCCAGGAAUAGCAAGGGUGUUUCCGAUCCAGUUCUCAUUCGAGAUCUCGUGUAUAAAGACGCUGCGAAACAUAUUGAAGACACAACACGAGCGAUGUCAAAAAUUCCUGCUGCAGCUGCAAUAGCUGGCGCAGCUGUUGUUCUUACUGUCAGUGCUGUCAUCUUGGUGCUGGUUCUACGAAAGCGGAACGAAACGACGACAAGCAGUAAGCGACCAUCACAGAGCGUGGUUCAAGUGGACGCGAACGGUAGAAGAUAUCUGAUCGCAUAUCCAGCAUCGGACAAAUUGGAAAGAAAACCAGAUAUAUUGAACCCUAAAGCCGAGAGUGAGCCACCACGCGUGGUAUUGGAAUCCAGUGACAACAAAACCUACACUAUCAAGGAGGCACCGAGUCAGCCUACUAAGUCCCACCCACAUCCGUCUUCUGAAGAUGAUAUGAUGCCGCAGAGAUAACACACGAACUCAGAACAUCGUUUGUAAAUAUAACAUACAUUGUAAAUUUCAAUGUUUGCCAAUGAAUUUAAUUUUAAGGGAAUAUAGACAAAUUCUUCCAUAUCAUUAUGUAUUGUAAACGACGGGAAGGUCGAUGGAAAUUAUAAACUAUAUAUUAACUAAGAAAUCAUUAUACGA